UUCUCUUUUCUUUCCUUAGCCAAUAAAAAACAUCAUCUUAUCAAUCUCUGUGAUAUUUUAUAUUCUCUCCAUGAGCGAUAGAAGGAAAUAUUCAACCAAUUCUGUGAUACAUUUACAGAAAUAUUUAUGAUCACAGCAGACUUGUCUAUUGACAAUUCCCAUUUCAGGACAAAUUUCUGCAGGGAUUCCUUGUUUUUAAUUCCUCGUUAUCACGCUUGAUUAUUUCCUUUCGUCUCUUCCCCAAAAUUUAACACUCUUUAUCAAUAGUGGAAGAAGUUGUGCUUACGUGUACAGCAUCACUUGUGAAUUAGACCAAAUUCAAUGGCUCAAUCACUCUGCGAACUGUUCAAUAGCAUGGAAUUCGACAAGGAAGUCAGCGCGAAGGCGAAGAAGCUCUUCUCUGAUGCCCAGGAUGUGGCUGAGUCGAAAACCGGCUUCCGAUGUUACAAAUUGACCGCAUUUACGGAGAAAACCUUUGAUGUGGCUCUGAGUCUGGUCAAGAGCAAUCAGGACUUGAUUGCUGAACUGGAGGAAUUGGCUGACAUUGCUCCCAGAAACGUGACAAGGGAGCAUCUCAGGAAGGCCCUAGAGAUAGCUGAGCACUAUGGAAAGUUCAGUUAUAGAUCGUCGGGAGUUGUGCAGGAGUUUGUGUGGACAAAGAAGUCAUCAGUCUUUGAGAUUGUUCUGGAUUUGCUUUCGGCACUUCAAGCCAGUGAAGCAAUCCAGGUUAGAGUGGAUUCUUCCCGGAAUGCGACUUUCCAGUUCAUCUCGGCCGCAUUCACCGUUGAGACUGUGAAUGAGGAGGACGUUCCAGCUCUGCAAGAGGACAAGAAGCACUUCUGCACGCUGUUCGUGACGGAAUCCGGCGAUUUGCAGUCUGCUUCGGAUGUCCUUGUUGAGUCCUUCAACGACAACACUUCUCCGUGGAAGAUCAGGAAUCUCCUCUUGCAGGAGUGUGUAGAAGAAAGAUUCCUGGAAUUGCUACUGCCCAAAGUACAGAAAUACCACAAAGUCUUCACAUCUUCUGCGGACUUCCAGCAGAGCUUCAGAAGUGCUCUCGCCACUGCCUCAAAAAUGCAUCUCAAGAUGUUCAGCAACUCCCGGGACACUGAGGAGAUAAAACCGACGAUUGUCUUGGGCCAGAAUAGGUCAUACUUUGAUCAGGCUGGGAGUGACAUUGCACCCAUUGUGGUGAUGAACAUUUUCCGGACGGUCAAGGAGGGAAUUGGAAUGCUGAACGCCUCAAACGGAGGAUCAGUGUCAAUUUGGAGUGAGAAGCUCUCUAUCGCUUAUGAGAUUGCCAACGGCGCGAAUACGCCCAGCGUGUGGAUAAACAGUCUGGCCAAGUUCACUCCAGAAAUUCCCUUUUCGUUCGUGUUUGGCGGAAUUACUUACGGUUCGGAGAUCGCUGUGCUGGAGAAGAUGCUGUUCCAGAAGCGCCACGGACGCAACAAUGCCAUAUCGCAGGACGACCUCAGGACCUUCUGCAACUACCCAUCGACAUCGCUGGUCAUUGGCGGGAAGUAUCAUUUCGAGUGCCUCAUUGGGGCCCUGCAGAAUGCCCACUUGGUGGAGUCAAACCUCAUCAAGAUCGGCACGGAUGACAUCAAGAAUCGCUUCCGGGAGAUUCUCUCGUCGUGCACUCGCGUCAAAUGCCAGAAUCUCGCCAGUGUCUACACUCAGCGGAAGACCAUCGUCUUCCCGUUCGGCGAAACUUUUGCCAACUGA